UCCAUCUAGUAGCCGUGUACAGUUGCAACAGCAAGGCCAUUGCCAGCCGAGACCAUUGACCCGAGCUUAGCUUGAAGAUAGAGCGAGGAAGGAAGGAAGGAAGGAAGGAAGAACAUAUAUCGACCAGAUCGAUCGAUCAUGAAGGUGCAGUGCGACGUGUGCGCGGCCGAUGCGGCCUCGGUGUUCUGCUGCGCCGACGAGGCCGCGCUGUGCGACGCCUGCGACCGCCGCGUGCACCGCGCCAACAAGCUCGCCGGGAAGCACCGCCGCUUCUCGCUCCUCAACGCGUCCCCGUCGGCCUCCUCUGCGUCGUCGCCGCCGCCGCUUUGCGACAUCUGCCAGGAGAAGAGGGGCUUCUUGUUCUGCAAGGAGGACAGGGCGAUCCUGUGCCGGGAGUGCGACGUGCCGGUGCACGCGGUGAGCGACCUCACCAUGCGCCACACUCGCUUCCUCCUCACCGGCGUGCGGAUCUCAUCGGAGCCCGCCGCGUCCCCUGCGCCGCCGUCGGAUCAGGAGGAGAACAACGCCGACUACUGCUGCAGCGGCGACAACGCGGCCACGAGCCACGGCUGUGGCAGCAGCACUAGCAGCAGCAUCUCCGAGUACCUGACCAAGACUCUGCCCGGGUGGCACGUCGAGGACUUCCUGGUCGACGACGCCACCGCGGCCGCCGCCGCCGCUGCUUCGUCUUCUUCUACCGGCAUCUCUGCACACGGAUCCUACUCGUACCAGGGAGAAACACGGAACAGUGGGAUGCACGAAGCCGGCUACGCUUCCUGGAUGGCGCAAGAGCGGCCGUUCUGCGACAGCGUCGACGUCGGCACGCUGGCCAUGAGCAAUCGGGAGAGGUGGGUGCCGCAGAUGUACGCGGAGCCGGCCGGAAGCAAGAGAUCCCGGACGUCCGCUGCCUACCCGUACUGGUGAAAUUAAAGUGCACGUCGCCAUACCCAUACGUGACGUCCAUGUUGUAGAUCCACCGAUCGGAUGAUAUUACAAGACUGUAGCAGAUGUUUGUUUCGGGCUUUACUGUGUUUUGAGCUUCUGGGCGUUCUUCGUUCCUCUGGAUGUUUGGGAGCGAUCGUGCUUUUUUGAGGAGCAGGAGAAAAUCUCCGCGCCUUUAUAUCGUCCUUUGCUCGUUCCAAAGUGUUUUCUCCCCUUUCCACUCCAUGAGUGGAUUCAGUUGUUUGCACCUUCGAUUUGAUACAGCAGUUCAGCCCGUACGGAAACAUGAAUUGGGGUAACCUAGAAUUUUCACAGGACAGAAAACAGAUUAUUAUUUUUUC